UUAAACGGGUUCUCUAAAUUUGGGAUUCAGUGGCCUGAAGUUAGUUUUCUUUCGCCACUUUUUAAAAACUAAAGAUCAUCCUGCUCAGUCUACCAAACACUGGUACCUGAUUAAAUGUAUCCCCAGGUCUCUGCUUUGCCUGGCAUGUUCUGUUUUCCUGAAUAGGUGACUUUGAAUUUGCUCCAGUCCUAGCAGAGUUUGAGAAGCAGAAAGUGUCCCGCGACUUACUAAAGAGAAUCUCAGGAGUCUUCCAGAAACUUUUUGGGAGUGAGGUGGCUCACGAGCGAGGGAGAAGCAGAAACUGCCGGGAACCUCUGUGGACUAGCCUUUAAGCCCGGCAACGGCGAAAACCUGGAUGGAGGAUCGCUGGGCCUGCGAGCGCGGAAAGUGAUGCCGCUUUUCCCAAACUUCCUUUCCGAGUCUUCGCCCGAGCCCCGGCUGAGCGCAAACUGAAAGUGGAAAGCGGCCGGGCUGCCAGCAGCCAGCGAGCCUCCUACCCGGGACGAGACUUUUUGGAUGCCUUCUGGUUUGAAGAAAUCUCCAGCUGCUCUGAUGAUAGUUUAAGAAGACUGCAUGCUGUUUCCUCUCGAUGCCAAGCCAGGCCCGCACGGAACCUCGGAUCCCAGCCCUUCAUGGAGACCAGGUCCCAGCAGGAAUGGCAGUGGAAGACAUCGGCACCCAGAUGGUUCCUUCACGUGAAGUUGUCUUGGGCUGUGGGCCGACUCGACAACACCUGGUAGCCAGGCCGGCCCUCUGUCAGUCACCCAGGGCCAGGCAGCAUGGUGUGGAUUCAGAGGAGGAAGCUUUUGGCAUCUUGCCUCUGCAUCACAGCCUCUGUCUUUCUGCUUGUCACACUCCAGGUAGUGGUUGAGCUGGGGAAACUUGAAAGGAAGAAGUUUAAAAAUUCCAACGGGCAAGAUGGACAUGCAACGAUGGAGGAGGAGCCUACACACCUCUAUCCACUCCCUGGGAAAGAAGCCCUGAACUGGAAAAACAAAUCAGAGACUGAUAACUACCCCAUCAUGCUCUGGUGGUCCCCACUGACCGGGGAAACUGGAAGGCUAGGCCAGUGCGGAGCGGAUGCGUGUUUCUUCACUAUCAACCGGACCUACCUACAUCAUCACAUGACCAAAGCAUUCCUCUUCUAUGGCACUGACUUUAACAUAGAUAGCUUACCUCUGCCUCGGAAGGCCCAUCACGACUGGGCCCUUUUUCACGAAGAGUCUCCGAAAAAUAAUUACAAGCUCUUUCACAAGCCAGUCAUCACCUUGUUCAACUACACUGCCACGUUCAGCCGACAUUCCCACUUGCCACUGACCACCCAGUACUUGGAGGGCGUAGAAGUCCUGAAGUCACUCAGAUACCUGGUCCCUUUGCGGUCCAAGAACAUCCUUCGAAGAAGACUUGCUCCACUGGUGUAUGUCCAGUCAGACUGUGACCCGCCAUCAGACAGGGACAGCUAUGUUCGAGAACUGAUGACUCACGUUGAGGUGGAUUCCUAUGGUGAGUGUUUACGAAACAAGGAUCUCCCUCCGCAGCUAAAAAAUCCAGCUUCCAUGGAUGCUGAUGGCUUUUAUAAGAUCAUUGCACAGUAUAAGUUUAUCCUUGCCUUCGAGAAUGCGGUGUGUGACGACUACAUCACUGAGAAGUUCUGGAGACCUCUGAAACUGGGGGUGGUCCCUGUGUAUUAUGGGUCCCCCAGCAUUGCUGACUGGCUCCCAAGUAAUAGAAGUGCUAUUCUCGUGUCUGAAUUUGCUCACCCUAGAGAACUGGCAAGUUACAUCAGACAACUGGAUCACGACGACAGACUGUAUGAGGCCUACAUAGAAUGGAAGCUGAAGGGUGAGGUCUCGAAUCAGCGACUUCUCACAGCACUCAAGGAACGGAAGUGGGGAGUACAAGACGUCCACCAGGACAACUACAUCGAUGCAUUUGAGUGCAUGGUGUGCAGCAAGGUGUGGGAUAAUAUCCGGCUUCAGGAGAAGGGCUUACCACCCAAAAGAUGGAAGGCAGAAGUUACCCACCUGAGCUGCCCGGAGCCCACAGUGUUUGCUUUCUCACCUCUGGCUCCACGUUGGAGCUCUUUGAGGGAGAUGUGGAUACCAAGCUUUGAACAGUCCAAGAAAGAAGCCCAGGCACUAAGGUGGCUGGUUGAUAGGAAUAAAAAUUUUUCAGCUCAAGAGUUUUGGGCCCUUGUGUUCAAGGACUAAUUUCUACCAGUAUCACAGUGAUAUAGACUACGGGCUUCUCUUGAGCUUUAUUUUCUAGGUUGCCUUAACACUCGAAUACAGUCGCUACUUUGUUGACUGUCCUUCAGGAUAAGGAUUAAUUGCUGUAGUUCUCAUAAUGAGCCCUCUCAGCUAAUGGAUAUGAAUUACCCUUAGGGGUCACCUCUGUAUUUUUUAUACUAAAAAAGUGAAUAUGUCGUAUGGACACUGGUCACCUUCAGUUUCCACGCCUGGACGGAUGUACCUGCUGCCUUUUGUGGACGUCCAGCUAAUGCGGAGUGAGUGCUUUCCUCGCCGCAAGCGAGGCGGAGGGUGGAGCUGUGGAUUCUUGACGCUCACCUCACUGUCUGCGGUUUAUUAGUAUUUGGCAAGCCCGGUGUCCUGAUGCUAAGCAUGAACAUGAAAUGCAUUAGAACUUGGCAAUGAGAGAUUCCAUCUGUUGGUUUCCAGGGAUGUAAGUGAGUAAUAAAAGCUGUGUGAAUUUUA